AUGUCCGACGCUCCCACCGGUGUGCUCGUCACCGCCACCAAGGUCUCGGUGCCCUUCAAGACCGAGCUGCUCGAGGAGAUUAGAGCGCCGCGCUUCGCGAAGCGCGCGCCCCACCUCGUCGGCAUCCUCGCGACUAAGAAGGAGGACGCGCGGAACUAUGCUGAGUUCACCAAGCGCGCCUGUGAGGCUGUCGGCAUCAACUUUGAGCUCCGUCUUGUUGGUGACGCGCGUGAGGGCCUCGACAGCGCUGGCGUGUCCAUCGGUGUCGAGGAGGCCAUCCUCGAGGCGAACGAGGACGACGAUGUCGACGGCAUCAUGGUCUACUACCCCAUUUUUGGUGACCGGCAAGACCAGUACCUUCAGUCGGUUGUCGACCCCGUUAAGGACGUCGAGGGGCUCAACCACCAGUUCCUCUUCAACCUGUACCACAACGUGCGCUUCAUCUCGCCCGUGACACUUCGCCCCAUCCCCGAAAGUCACCUUCCCCAGCCCAUCAAGGGCGACUCGGACCAGCCGCCCCCUGGCACUGUCAAGUCCAUCCUGCCGUGCACGCCCCUGGCCAUUGUCAAGGUGCUGGAGAGCAUCGGCGUGUACAACUCGCUCCUGCGUUAUGGUGACCGCGCGCGCGGCAAGGUUGUGACCGUUAUCAAUCGCUCCGAGGUUGUGGGCCGUCCGCUCGCCGCGCUCCUCGCGAAUGACGGCGCGCGUGUCCUGUCCGUCGACAUUGACACCAUCGUCGAGUUCUCCAAGCGUCCCUCGGCUGAGACCGCCAAGUCCAAGUACAACCCGCACCACAUUAUCUCGCAAGUCGAUAUUACGCUCGAGCAGGCACUUCAGGUGUCCGACGUUGUCAUCUCGGCUGUUCCCUCGGAGGGAUACAAGGUUCCCACGCGCUGGCUCAAGGACGGCUGCGUGUGCGUCAACGUCGCCGGCGAGAAGAACUUCGAGGCGGACGUGCGCGAGCGGGCAUCCAUUUACGUACCUUCGGUCGGCGUCAUGACCAUUUGCAUGCUGCAGCGCAACCUUCUCCGCCUGUGCCAGUACCAGGACAUGGUGCGCGAGCACUACCGCGCCGCCGCGGGCAACUAACACCGGCGCGCCCCCUCUUUCCCAGGGUUCAACCCACACAAACACACAGUGUUGUAGAUCAGAUUGUUGAUGGAUAGGUGUCUAUGCAUCUGGAUACUAGAGUGCGC